AUGCCGUUUGCACAGCUUGUGAUCGGCCCUCCAGGCGCAGGCAAGUCCACCUACUGCAACGGCAUGCAUCAGUUCCUCGGAGCCAUCGGCCGCAAAUGCUCCAUCGUGAACCUGGACCCCGCAAAUGACAAAACGUCGUAUCCGUGUGCACUGGAUGUUCGUGAUCUCGUAACGCUGGAGGAGGUGAUGAGCGAGGACCACUUGGGUCCGAACGGGGGCAUCUUGUAUGCGCUGGAAGAGCUGGAGGAGAACUUCGACUGGCUGGAGGAGGGGCUGAAGGAGCUCGGAGAUGACUAUAUACUGUUUGACUGUCCGGGACAGGUAGAGAUCUUCACGCACCAUUCAUCGUUAAGGAAUAUCUUCUUCAAACUCCAGAAGAUGGGGUAUAGACUAAUUGUAAUCCACCUGAUCGAUUCCUACAACCUCACUCUCCCCUCUAUGUACAUCUCCGCUCUCCUUCUCUCUCUCCGCGCCAUGCUCCAGAUGGACCUCCCGCAUCUGAACGUGCUCACCAAGAUCGACAAUCUCUCCAACUACGCCCCGCUUCCUUUCAACCUCGAUUUCUACACAGAGGUCCAAGACCUGUCCUAUCUGCUUCCACAUCUAGAAGCAGAGUCCUCGCGGCUGUCGCACGAGAAGUUCGGCGCCCUGAACAACGCAAUAGUCGACCUCGUCGAGGAGUUCGGCCUGGUGGCUUUCGAAACCCUAGCCGUCGAAGAUAAGAAGAGCAUGAUGAAUCUCCUCCGGGUGAUUGACCGGGCGAGCGGGUACGUCUUUGGACCGGCGGAGGGCGCCAACGAUACGAUCUGGCAGGUCGCGGUGCGCGAGGGACUCGGCACGAUGGAUGUUCGCGACGUCCAGGAGCGGUGGCUCGAUGCGAAGGAUGAGCAUGACGAGCUGGAACGGCAGGAAUUGGAGGCCGAAGCCAAGGCUAUGAACGAGGCCGCGGAGAGGGCCAAGAGUAACCCCGGUAAUGACGACGACGAUGAAUACGAUUAUGACUUUCGACGAGGCGGGAUGCCGGAUAGCGGAGUGAAGGUUGUCCGGAAAUCAUGA